AUGGCCGAGAAUGCAGUCACAGAACUGAACUGGCAGAACCAUCUGCCUCGAAUUCUGGCCGUGCAGACUGUGCUCACAGUUCUGGCUCUCACGGCUGUGGCACUGCGUCUCUAUGUCCGGAUCAAAUUGAUCAAUAAUACUGCUGCCGAUGACUGGACCAUGUUGAUUGCCGCGUUGUGCACUUUGGCCGGUUGGAUCCUUUGGAUCUUUCGGGGUGUUCACGGGCUGGGACAUACUGAUGCGUGGUUCGCCGCAGGAAACGGCGAUUCAACAAAAGUGGCACAGGGCUCCUUCUGGCAGGUCAUCAUCGACUCCGCAUUGGGGAUGGCGAUGCUCAAAGUUUCAAUCGCCUUGAACUUGUUAAGACUGAGCCCGGCCCGGUGGUAUGUGUGGUGUCUUUGGGCAAGCAUCGACCUGUUUGUCACUUUCGGCCUUGUCAAUACUGGCUUCAAUAUCUUCACCGACGUUCUUUUCUCGUCGAUUCCUAUACCAAUUAUCUGGACGCUCAAGAUGGCACCCAAAGUGCGUUUAUAUCUCAUCGGCAUUCUUAGCCUGGGUUAUGUGGCUGUCAUCUUUGGUGUCGUGAAAUCCGUCUAUCAGAUCGCAUAUGCGGCGAGCAAAGACACUUACCUGAACGACUGGAUUCUAUUCUGGGCAUUGACACAAUUCAACACCGGAAUCCUAGCCGCUUGCAUCCCCUCCCUCAAGCCUCUCGCAAGCAAGAUACUAAGCCUUUCCGAAUACGCAAGCUCCACCCGAGCCCGGGGUCGCUUCGGCAGUCGCUAUGACAGUCGCAUGCGAUCUCUUCGCACGAAAACUGCGAAAGGGACCAGCGUGCCAACCACGACAGGCAACAGUAACCACAUCUGGUCUAUCCAUCGGGGCGAUCAAUAUGCACUCCAGGAGCUGGGGAGUCGAGAGUCGAUAAACGAUCGCGAGGACGAGUUUGCGUCGGAUUGUGAUAUCACAACGACACGUCAUAAGAAAUGGUUUUCGACGGAUAAUUCACGGCAGAUGCAGGAAUGCGAGGAAAAGGAUGGGAUUGUCAAAACCACUGAGGUUAUUGUGACUUGA